UGUCACUAUUUCACUAACUCCGCCCAGCCUUGCCCGAGUUUGUAGUUGAGUGAGCCAGGGCAGCACGGCUGAAUUAUAUAACUUCGGUGCAGUCGCUGGGUUUACGGCGACACAGUAGAAUAUAGCACAUGAAAUCCGUCGAUUCAUUGUGGAUUUAUCCUGAGACUGCGAUCAAGAGACCAAUCGAUCAUUUUCCCCCCUGCCGGCAAUGUGCGUAAAAAGUUAUCGACGGAUAGACGCGACGACGCACACAGUGGAUCGCCAGAUCCAGAUAAGUCAGCGACGUUGUUGACUUUAGUUGUAAAACUGUUGAUACUGCGGACAGUGCUUUUCUGCCUUGCGGAAACAGGCAGCAACAAAUCCAGCUGACACCUAUCCGCGCAACAUUACAGCGAGGACUGGGUUUUAUUUGAGAACUCGACUGUGUGGACAUUUCUCAGAUGUUUUUCCAACUGGGACUUGCUGGAGAUGAUCUAAUCAGCGGGGCACAUUCCUUAUUCACUAUAGGAUAAAGAAAUGGAUCAGGGUGGUCUGAAGCACAAUGGUAAUCGAGACGACAGCUUGACCUUUGGAAAUACAGGAGCCGGAGUAGGCAGGGACACAGGUGACACAGCUGGUUCACUUCUGCAGUCUACAAUGCACCUGCCCAGUCCUGGGUCUCUGCCCCAGACCACAGUGACCCCAAAUGGACAGGGUGGAACCAAAGUCCAGGGGGAGUUUGGAGGCCUCUUUGAGUCCUCUCAGCAUCUUUCCCUGUGUGAGGGGUCAGACACGAAGGAGGGCAAAAUCAACAGAAUUCAGAAGCAACUACAGCAACAACAACAGGAUAUUAGUAUAUUCAUCAUGGAGGACAACUUGCCCUUGUUGAAUCAGAGUGUCUGUGAUCUUGACCAGAUGUCCACCUCUGUCAUCAGCACCUCAGACACCUCUGUCUUGGGCAAUCUCCCUUUACCUGACCUUUUCUCCCAACAAAUCAAGCAGGAGGGGAAUUUUUCUCUGGAUAAGGACUUGGGAACUUACAGUGGACACACAGGCACUGGCCCAUGUGAUUUGGAUGGCAACAGCAGCCACUUAAUCGAGGAUACUGAGAUUUGGCAAGACCUGGACCUUUCUAGCUCGCUGCCAGAAAUCAGUGAUUUUGAGCUGGAUUCAGAAGUGGCACACUUGGAUAACAUCCUCCAAGAGAACAGUGGUGUUAUUGGUCCUGACAGUGGUUUGCUGAAAGAAACCAAGUCUCUGGUGGGUAACGGAGGAAACUGUACCAGUGUGAAUGGCAGUGACCAGCAGCAGCACCCCAUACAUCAUCAGCAGCAGCAGCACAUACUGCAGCACCAGCAAUAUCAGCUUCAACAUCAGCAAGCUGCAUCCCUUCUCUCCAGUGUUAUGAUCAAGGAAGAGAAAGAUCCAGAAAGUUCUUUCAUCCACCUCCGCACUCCUGGUGUGGUCAAACUGGAGAAGGAGGACCGUGCUGGUUUCUGCCAGUCCCAGUGUCUCCAGAGCAGCAUGAGCCCUCUACAAGUAGGAGGCCCUAUGUCCACACCUGUGGGUGUUGGUGCAGCACCGGGUUACCCCUACAGAGCCAGCCUGUCCUCCAGAGUGGGCCCACAGGACCAGAAGCCUUUUGGCAUGUACUCAAACCUGGCUGCAGCGGGGGACAGCUGGGCCAAGGGGAACAGAUAUGGAGAGUCACCUGGGAUACAGAGGGCUGAUGAUGGGCUCCCCUCAACCUCAGCUUUGGCACCUUUUUCUGUCAACUUCUCCAGCUUGUCUCCCAGAACAGGAGAGACCAGCAGUUCUGUGGCACCAGGCCAGUCCAAGCCCAGUGGGCAAACCCAUAAGAUCUGUUUGGUGUGUUCGGACGAGGCCUCGGGAUGCCACUACGGCGUUGUGACCUGUGGCAGUUGUAAGGUGUUCUUCAAGAGGGCCGUCGAAGGAUGGAGAGCACGACAAAACACUGAUGGCCAGCACAACUACCUGUGUGCAGGGAGGAAUGACUGCAUCAUUGAUAAGAUCCGCAGGAAGAACUGUCCAGCCUGCCGCUUCAGGAAAUGUCUUCAAGCUGGAAUGAACUUGGAAGCAAGGAAAAACAAGAAGCUCAAGAUGAAAAUGCCCAGGUCACCUGGAUCAUCGGAGCCCGCCAGUCACAUGCCUGUUGCAGUCAUCCCCAGGUGCACGCCCCAACUCGUACCCACCAUGCUGUCAGUACUCAAGGCCAUCGAACCAGGGAUAAUCUACUCUGGCUAUGACGGCACGAUACCUGACACCUCCUCGCGGCUCAUGUCCACUCUCAACAAGCUCGGGGGACAGCAGGUCAUCUCUGCAGUCAAGUGGGCCAAGUCACUGCCAGGCUUUCGCAACCUGCACCUGGAUGAUCAGAUGACACUGCUGCAGUGCUCCUGGCUCUUUCUCAUGUCCUUCAGUCUUGGCUGGAGGUCAUAUGAGCAGUGUAACGGUAGCAUGCUCUGCUUUGCCCCUGAUCUUGUCAUCAACAAGGAGCGUAUGAAGCUGCCCUUCAUGACCGAUCAAUGCGAGCAAAUGUUGAGGAUUUGUCAUGAGUUUGUCAGAUUGCAAGUGUCCUAUGAAGAGUACCUGUGCAUGAAGGUGCUUUUGCUGCUCAGUACAGUACCUAAAGAUGGUUUGAAGAGCCAGGCGGUGUUUGACGAGAUCAGGAUGACAUACAUCAAGGAGCUGGGAAAAGCCAUCGUCAAGAGGGAGGAGAAUGCUACUCAGAACUGGCAGCGGUUCUACCAGCUAACUAAGCUACUGGACUCCAUGCAGGCGAUGGUCGAGGGUCUUCUCCAGAUCUGCUUUUACACUUUUGUGAAUAAAACCCUCAGUGUGGAAUUCCCAGAAAUGCUGGCAGAGAUCAUCAGCAACCAGAUACCAAAAUUCAAAGAUGGGAGUGUCAAGGCCCUGCUGUUUCAUCAGAAAUGACUGCCUUAAACUGUGAAGUAAUGCCUUAAAUCCCGCCCUGCCUGUGUACUGCUCCGAGGCCCCAAGCUUUCACCAUGAUCCCUAAGCUUUUGCUUGACUUGGCUCCCCCAUCACUUUGAUUUGAUUCCCUGCUUUCCUGCGCUCCCUUUAGGAACACAUUAAGCACUUUCUUGGAGCACAAUCCCUGUGGUGCCUCCUAAUCCAGUCCCACGUUUGGCCAAAGUACAGUAGGAUACCCUACCACUGACCUGUAGCCCUUCCUCUUGGCUAACCAAGAAGAAUUUGGCCUUCAGGGAAAAUGAUUUUGCUCUGAAUGUUUUGUGGGCAGGAUGCAUUUUUGGGGAUUUAUUUUUGCUCUAUCCACAGCCCUAUCCUCACAUUGUUGAUACUGUUUCUCUUGGUGGCCACUUGCCUCUUACUCUAUCCUGCCUACAGUGUUUUACUGCUCUUUUCACUGACAAGCCAACACCAAUUCUUCCUCCAUUGUGACAUCCAAUAUACUGUCCAACUCAUCGGAUUAGCAGCCUGCUGAAGCUCGCCCUAAUUUCAAGCCUGUUGUUCCCUUACUCACCUGUCCAGUGUGUCUCUUUUUGCCCCUCCCAGUUCCACUGCACAGAGAAUUUCCAUUGUGGAAAGGGACAAAACAAAAAAGCCAACUAAUUAGAAAUAUACGAUGACAUGAGGAGAAAAAUGAGAAAUUUUUCUUCCCCUCUGGACCCAAGGACAGUAACGAACUGUGAAUCAGCUCUCUUUACUGAAGUUAAACAAAUCAGAUUGAAUACAGACAUUUUUGACCACACAUGCAAAAGUCGCACACAAACAUACAGAGUAUGCCCCCCCACACGUUUACUGAGCAGCACGUAUCUCAGAAAGGAAAACCAGUGCCUUUUAGCUUUUAAAGCUCCUCAUAGCCAUCUUCUCUGAACUGUUUUUUUGCAUAGGAAUCUAAGCUUGACAUCUGUCCACAUAUUUUUUCCUUUUAGUUUUGCCUCACUGGCAAUUCCUGUUUUCUUUCCAAACCACCAUUUUGGUGUUUUUCAUGUGGGCAACUUUCAGUCCUACAGAAGCCCUGAGAGGCAAGUGGACAGUCCUUUAACACGUUUUUUUCUCUCCUUUGUUUAUGACCUAAGAACAGGUGAAAUGGUUUUGCCUUCCUUUUAAGUUCCUUACAUCUGUGAAAUAGGUGGGGGAAAUAAGGUUUUUCACUAAUGGUGUAAAAAAAAAUUUUGAACAGAUUACAAAACAAAACAAUCAUGGGAGAAAGAUGAAGUAACUUAGAAGGAUUAGAUAUGCAAACCUUUUUUAUCCAUCUCUUCGUAUAAACACAGGAGAGAAAAAAAUUAGAUCAGCCUUAGAAAAUGCAUCACCAGAAUUUUAUUUUAUUCUUAUUUUCCACUUGCUUUUUAGGGUUUCUGUACAUUCUGAUCCUCAGACAUGACAAGAUGGAAGACAGCCUAUGGUACAGAUUGGAAAUGUUUUUAGGACUUAAAAUUUUGACAGUAACAUAAAAAGACAGGAAAAUAAUGGCAACAUUUUUCUGAAGUCCCAAAAUACUACAUGUUUUUCCCCAAUGGUAGAGUAUAUUUGCUUAAUAUACUGCAGCUACCAGUCAGGAUCACAUUGUGUUGAAAAUUACAGUACCCAGAUUACAUCAGCUAAUGUAAUGUUGAAUACACAUCCAAAUAUUUUCUCUUUCACAAGCUUGUGAGAAACUGCAAAAACUGCUUUGUAGUAAAUGGAAACUACUGGAAAUCAAACAAGAUAUCAGAUAUUUUUGUAAUAUUUAAGGGCAGAUUGUCUGAUUUUAAACAUUCCAAGACUACAGAUCUUAGAAUAAUUAGUUGUUGUUAAUUGGAAUAAAAUUUGUUGCAAUUUAUACAGAUGCAAUCGCACAAAGGGCGGUUUAGAACUGAUUUCCAUUUGAAAAACACAUUCAAGAUAGAAAAAUUCCAAGGUGCCUGUGGUUAUAAUAUAGCCAUAAUGAUUUAAGUAAACCUUUCAAAACUGUCCUUUUGUUGCUAGCUGCAUUCAUACUGAAGCUCUAGUUUAGUAAAUGGAUUCAUACAACUUUAUUUUAAAAUGUGUAUUCAUGGAACCCCACUUGGAAUGACUUACCUGGCCACACUGCCUGUUUGAAUCUCAGAAAUCAGUAAGGUCAGAUAAGAAUGAAAAUAUUUCCUGGUGUGUGCUGUAAUCUAGCAGGAGUACUAGGCCGGGUGGAUUUUUUAGAUAACUAGAAUAUAAUAAGUUUAUUUAUUGAUGCCAUCUGAAUUCUCUGGGUAUGAUUAACUUUGCCAUGUAGUACUCCUGAUAGGAAAACAAAUAAGCUUAUUAUUAUUGUUACUGAUAAAUGUAUUGUUUCCCUUAAAGUACCAUUUUAGAUGAAAUGUACCCUUUAAUCAGCUUCAUCUCUGUUUGCAAAACAGGAGCUGGAGUUAUGUUCACUGCUGUGCUUAAACAUGACAAUGUUAAAAUAUAUAUACAUAUACAAAGCUUAUAUAUAUGUAUAGGCUUUGUAUAUGAGAUGUGAGGUAGAGACGCCCGUAAUCGAUGGAACAUCUGUUCUCAGCACAAGAGUUCACCCCUUAAAAUUGAAAUAUUUUUGGUCAAAAUAUUGUGUAAAUUAAGGCUCAGGCUAUGAGUGACUAUAUCAGCUGGAUGUGCUCUACUAGUGCCAAAUGUAAUAGCAGGUUUUUGUAUUUUUCUUUUUUUCCAGAGAUGUGAAAGGGUGACUUUUGAGUUGUGAUUUGACAUUAUGUGUUCUUGAAACUUUGCUUCAGGGUGCUCAGUUAUGAGAAAGGUCUUAGUUCAGUGUCAAACCUACACCAGCUUAAAGUGAUUGUUAUAGGAGUAUGACAGACUCCUCUUGGAGAUGCACAAAAUAUUGUAUUUGUGAAAUUGCAAAGUGAGCAGCACUUUCUGCUGCUGUCAAACAGGUGGUGAUCAGCAUUUGGUACAUUUGUAAUGUGAUAACAUGAUUGUACCAGCUUAUGUAAUAGCCAAAGCAAAAUCCAUUAACAGUUGUCUUAUUUCUUUGGGAUAAUUUAUGUAAACGUAUUUAUGGCAAGCUCUUUUAGCAUUUAGCACUAGUUGGACAUUUUGAUGUAGUAGUUGAACAGAAACUCUUACUAGUCACUCUUUUUCUGCAACCAGUGGCACUUUUGUCCAACUACUUCCAACAUAAGCCAUACUAGUAAUGCCAGGUGUCAUACCAAUAGUUCCAAAGUCCCAACUAGUCCACUUUUUGGCACACUAGUGGCCCUCUGGACCAAACUAGUAACGCUGAAAGUCUUACUAGUUAAGCUGUGAAUUGAAAAACCUCAUGUUAACUAGUCUCAUAUAGAUUCAGGUCACUAAUUAGCAUGUUGCCUACAAUUUUCUGUACUAUUAACUAGCGAAGACCAAAAUGCUGAUCAGUUAAAAACCACUUUGACCUAACUAAUGAGGUCCAAAAUAUCUACUAGUUAUACUAGUGAGAAGCAUUUUGACUUGCAUAGUGAACUAGUAAGGUACAAAAUGUUCACUAUUGAACUAGUAAAAGCCAAAAUACUCAAGUUAACUAGCUGUACCAAAUGCUAAUGAGGACAUGGGGUAGAAGCAUGCACUGAGGCUUCCUAUUAGCUCUUCAGUUUUAAAUUAGAACAGCCAACCAAUAAGGACUCAGGCUUUUGUCUUUUUUAUCUCUGUGCUCUGUCCAGAAUCCUCUCAGAUUCUCUAUUACUAGUAUAGCUCUUGUUGGAGCUAGCUGGACGAGAGUGCCACUAGUUGCUGAAAAAGAGCAACUAGUAAGAGUUUCUGUUCAACUAGUAUGACAGAAUGUCUAACUAGUACAACCAGAUGUCCAACUAGUGCUGACAAAGACUAAAGUAAUGGAGGAAAAUGAUAUCUGAUAUCUAGAAUAUCAAAUAAAUGCUAAAACGGUUUACCAUAAGUAUAAGUUGUUUCCAGGUGCUUCAGAAAACCAGCUUCAACAUGUAGAUAUAACCACAUCCCUGCUCACUUCUAAAUGCUCAUAGAUAUAUAGCUCACCACCAACAUAUCCAUCGUAAAAUGUUUAUUUCAAAAUAUUUUUACAUAGACAUAACCUCUAUCCACUUACAUUCUCUUUUACCUUUCAGCCUCAUGUUGGAUUAAAGGCCUUGUGAAAGGGAGACAGAGAGCCAUAGAAAUAAGAUUUAAAAUCAGGAAAUAGAUAAACCCUUAACAAAUAUUAGUGCUUUUGAAGAUUGCUCUGUUGUAAAAAGAUAUUUUCUGCGAUUUUGAAUACAUCAGCUUGAUCUUCUUUGAUAUAAUAAUUUUACUCGAUCGUUUUUUAACAUUGAAUGUGUUAAUUAAGUAAAUAUUUUUUCUGUUUGUUGGUUUGUGUUUGAUAAAGGUAGAUGUGUUGAAUACAUUAGGAAGUGUUGACCAUGUUUGUCUUGUGAAGUAAAUGUAAAUUCUACAUGAAUGCCCGCUGCGUUUCAGAGAGAUAGGGAAAACGAGGGAGAGAGACAGAUGGGCGGUGAGAUGGACUGGAGAUUGUUUUGUGUUAUAUAAUGUAAGAGUGACCAAAGCAGCAGAGAAGAAAAAAGAUUUAAUAAAAAAAGAAGUAUUAAAGCAGUUACAUUUUAAGUAGCACUUAUAAUACAACCUCUAGUACUUCUUAUUUUAUUUUAAUGAUAUUUUGCAUAAAGAUCUAGGCUUUGGAUCCCACAUACAGUGCUGUGAGGAUUUACUGGUCACUUGAAAAACAGAAAAUGAAACAUGUCAAUAAGUAGUAAGUAAAUCUACCAGAGCCUGAUGGAAUUGCACUACCCUCAUGCAGGUCGAUAAAGUCUAUUUUGUAUAAAAUACAUAUUAAGAGAUUAAGGGCAGAUUAUGUUUCACUGGUAUAUAUGGCUAUGGCUUUUACUGAAGUCUGUUUGAUUUGUAUUUCAGUUAUGUAAAUGUAAUCCAAUUAAAAAAACAAAAAUAUAAAAUGUUUGUUUAAAAAAAUACAACAGUUUGUAUUACUUCUGUAUUACACCGCUUCUGUAGCCAGUGUCAGUAUUUUCACCUAUUUGAUUAAAUGUUGAAUUUAUCUGUGUUGUUCUUUGACAUUGGAUUUGGCAUCGUGUUGGUAACAACUUGAAUGAUGAUAUUGUCAUCACUGGUUAAAAGUGGAAAUUUGGAAAAACUGAUUUCUCUUUGGUUCAAACAUCUUACACAAUAAACUAUCCUAUUUUUCAAUGCUCA